GCUUUGCCCAUGGUUCAUGAUGAUGCUGCAGGAUCUUCGGCUGGUUCGCAGAAGUGGAGAUUCCAAUCGUUUCGGUCCGUCUAUUCGGACCUGAAAAGGCUUUGGUGGCCUUGUGGUUCUGUGCCCGCAGAUGAAGAAGCGCCGGCCGACAACACAGAGGCUUCUGCCAAGUGGCGCUGUUGCCCUCGACGUUUUCAACAGACAGGUGAGGAGGAGACGGCAAGCCAUGCAAGCCCAGGACCUUCGCCGCGGCCGCAUGGCAAGAGUCGAGGAUUUUUCACCACUUCGAACAGCUUUUGCAGCGCACCCUCCACUGCUUCUGCUGUUGGCGGGGACGAUUUGCUACCUCAGCCACAAUUCAAUCCAGAAGAAUUUCUUCGACAUGAAUGUCAAUCAGAUCUGGUAGACAGGUUCCUACAAGAUUAUCGCAAGUUGGCUGCAUAUGAGGCUGCCACAAGCGCAUCCGUUCGCGCGGAGGAGGGUGUGCUUCCGCGGGAGGUGACGGUGCAGUCGUUUCCGAGUCAAUCGCCCUCUCGGUCGGAGUCUGGGAUGCUGCAUCGAUUUCAGUCCGUCGAGGUGUCCGCAGACGAUGGCGAGGAGCCCGAGUCACCGUCUACCUUUGUACAGGGGCAGGCGACCGAGCACACGGCAUCGGUGUCAGAAGAAGCAGCUGAAGCAACUGUCAUGGAGGCAAGCCCGUCGCCAGUAUCAAGGAUGGACGAAGGCAACAGUGUCGCGAGCCUGCGAACACCGCGGGCAGAGGCCUCUGCAGAGCCCGAGGUGCCCGCUGAGUCAAAUCCGGAGAGGACGACUUCCCUGCCCGUCCAAAGCGACGAGUCUCCAAGGACGGCAUCAAAGGAACCUCUGAGUGACAGCUCACAAAGCCCUGAGCUAUCACAGCCGAAAGCGAACAGAGGGUCAGCAAGCAAGCCCUCCAGCCUGCGCAUGAAAUCGGAGCCUCUCAGACCACUGCUGGAAGUGGAAGAGCAAGGCUCCGGCGCUUUGAUCUCCCCGGUGACGAUUUCAACCAUUCAGUCGAUCCCGUCACCCAAAGCGAAGCAGAAGCACCUCGUCUUCAUGGUCGACGGAGAGGAGCUUCAGAUCCUCGGCGUCGACACCCGGGAGUCCAACGUCCCUCCCGAGGAGAGCCCAAGCCGGAACCGGCCAGCGGCGGGUGCUGGGCCACUGCCUCCACCCGAGGAGAUGCCACGUGAGAGCGGUACGGCCCACGAGUCGGAUUGUGAGAAGGAUGUCGUGAUCCCAGUGGAGGAGAGAGCUCAGGACGACGACACGAGACUGCAUCCCACCACGAAGAGGUGCUCACCUCCAGAGAAGCACUGUGUCGAGGACUCUCUUCCGGACCCUCGCUGCAGGCAUCUUAUCCAGGGUGAUGAAGAGGCGCUAGCUGCUCUGGAGGUGGCGUCUUGGCCCCCAUCCAAGAUGAGAGUCGUGAAGGAUCCAGAUCCUGUCCAUGAUGGCUCCUCGCCGACCUAUCAGGACGUCACCCCAUUGCCAUCACCUCCGGCUGCUCCCGCCACACCGCUGGCGGUGACGCCUUUGCCCGCGCCCGUCACGCCUAUCACGCCAAUCACGCCUGUCACGGCUGCAAGCCCCGGUCCGUCAAGGAGCAGGAUUGCUGGAGCUGCGGCAGCCGCAGCGCGUGCCGCGGCGGGAGCGCGACAAGCCAUGGCUGUUGCAAGCCGAGUGUCCACAGCAACAGGAGGAGCUGCGUUGGCGACCUUGGUGAGCCCGGAGGUGUCAGGAGGGACGGACCGCAGGAAUUCGGUGUUCAGUGGACGGUUCAUGCCGCUGUCGCUGUGGGCACAAGCAGAGAGUGAAGGUGCCACACCGCCAGUUUCGGGUCCCGGUUCCCCUGAUCAGGCCAAGGACGACGAGUACAAGAUCGGUGAUGUGGAGGCUAUGGACAAGCCGGAUGCAGGUGCAAUUGUAGCAUUCCCGCACGUCCUCGCAGCUCAGAGUGACAUGAUUGCAGGCGAGAUGGCUCUUGAGACGAUGCGAAUUCCUUGGGCAGUUCCUUGGGCCAUGCCUGGGUCCAUGUCUGCUCAGAUUGGAGAUCAAGCCCGCGGUCUCCAAGUCUUCGCUGCCGACCCCACCGAUGGCCCCUGCGGAACAGAGAGCAUCUGCAAGGGGCGCGUCGGCGGAGAGCUCAACUUUUUGCCCAAUCAUGCCUGUGAUCAGUUGGAGAUGGAUGCACUCAUGACCUUGUGGGCACAUGCAGAGUUUAGCUUCACAAAAGAUACGUCUGCUGAAGUUAUGAAUGUCGAGCGUGGGAGGUUGGUUUCAGGCUCCACGGAGUCAUCGCCGCAGAUCAAGAAGGAGUGGACUUCUCCGUAUAGUCCCUGCACUCCGGUCAGGGGUCGAGGCAGCGCACCAUCGUCAGCGACACCAUGUAGUCCAUUGUCUCCGUCAAGCGUGUCAGAAUCUAAUGGACACGACCAAAGCCCUGUGCGGUUUGAUGUCCCGAAAGUGACGCAGUCUUUGUCGCAGUCUUCCUAUCCGACAUGCACGCGCACACACACCGAGGUUGCUGAUGAGACGGAGGUUCUGGAGGACAUUCUGAUGCCAGCUCCAUUCGCAGAUCACGAGGAACGGGUUUCGACUGUUCCAAGCACUGCGACUGAAAAGCAGGAAGCCUGGCGCGAAUUGCCAUGGACUUCCGAGGUGCGCCAGGAUGCAAGGGCACCACGAGAAGGUGCGGAAGAAUCCAGGCAUGCAAAAGUCGAGCCCGGCGUUCCCUGCAGUGGCAACGAGACCUCUUCGCAUGUUUCGAUGAUGCAACAAUCGCAAGUUGCAGCAGACGAUGAAGCCCAUGUCGAACUUUCAGUCGCUGUUGUCCCACCAAAGUCCGGUCUUGAGGAGGACCGGUGCCCCAGGCAUGAUGCUUUUGGUGAACAUGACGUGGGCCCUUCAAUCGUGGAGGUUGCAUGCCAAGAGGAUCUGCCAGGCCCGAACCCAUCAUUCGAGGACAAUCUUGCAGAUGAAGCCGCUGCCAGCACAGCAUCCACUUGUGUUGCUGCUGAAGGAGGAAAGCCGAGAUGCACCGCGCGGGACGACAAGCUGGAGUUGGCACCUCCAACUCAAGAGCCGGGAAGAAAAGAUUCCGAGUGGCUGCCAGAAGAGGUUCAAGCUGACAAGGACUUUCGCUGUUAUUUCCUCAAAGCCUUAAUCUGGCUUGAUGCAGGCAACAAGCACCUCGUGAUGACAGCGGGCAGCGUAUGCUCCUCUGACCCGGAUGCAUUAUCAACAACACCUGGUCCCCUUGACGAUCAUGAUCUCGAUUGGCCAUUCGCACGAAUGUGCUAUGAAGGACCUGACGCCGGGAAAUUGUACAUACACCAACGCCUUCGGCGGCAGCUGCCUGAAAUGACGUUGUGUUGCCCGAGUACCUACAAGGAUGAGGUGGACUGCCUGCGACUUCAGGUAGGACUUGAUGUCGAACCUGCCCCUCUGCUGCACCUGGUGAUCUUCUGCGUCGUGCCUGUGGUGUUUUGUUGCGCUCCGUGCAAGGCCUGCUGA